CGGCCGCUGGCGCUCGGGCCGCCGCUCUGUGCCGCGCUCCGCACUCGGCCCGCAGCUGUGCAGUGCCCGGUGCGGACUGGCCAUGGGCGGCCUGUGGAUGGCGCUGCUGUGCGCGCUGGCAGGGCUGGUGCCCGGGGCCCGGGGCGGCUGCUUGGAGAGGGGACGCUGCUGCCCCGGCCGUGACCCCACCUGCUUCGUCCAGGGCUGGAGGCAGGACAGGGUCUUCGGGAAGUGCUACUGCGACCAGGAGUGCCACCUCAUCGGGGACUGCUGCUUCGACUACGACAGGGCGUGCCCAGCUCGCCCGUGCGUCGUGGGAGAGUGGAGCCCCUGGAGCGGCUGCGCGGACCGGUGCAAGCCGUCGACCCGCGUCCGCAGGCGCGAGGUGCGGCAGGAGCCCCAGAACGGCGGCGAGCCCUGCCCGGCCCUGGAGGAGAGAGCCAGCUGCCUGGAGUACACGUCGCCCCAGGGCCAGGAGUGCGGGACCGUCUUUGUCCCCGCCCUUAUAACUACCUCUGCAUUCAACAAGGAGAGGAUGAGAAAAAUCCCAUCUCCAAACUGGUCUUCACAGCAAGAAGCUCCUGGCUACUGUAUGGAGUUCAGGACAGAAUCAUACACAUCUCACUGCAGUAUGGAAAACCGACCCCUGACUCGAUGGAUGCAGUAUAUCCGGGAGGGGUACACAGUCUGUGUUGACUGCCAACGCCCUGCUAUGAAUGCUGUGAGCCACCGUUGCUCUGGAGACGGCCUGGACUCCGACGGAAGUCAAACUCUCCACUGGCAAGCUAUUGGCAAUCCUCGAUGUCAAGGAACUUGGAAAAAAGUUCGACGAGUUGACCACUGUUCUUGUCCAGAGGUCCACAGUUUCAUUUUUAUAUAGAGUGUCACGUAAAUAUUUCAAAAUGUUUGCAAACAUGCUCUACAGAUGUUGUCAAGUUAUAUUCAACACUUCAAAAACCUGCCCAAAACUGUUCAACCCAGGUGGUUGAAUGUGUCACUUUCCCCCUUUGAAAUGGAGAAGGAAAAUAUAGGGCCUGGUUCCCAAGACACACAGUACCUUAAUUGUUAUUUUUAUGUUUAUUGACUUGAGGACCCUGCUGAAAGCUUCUUGUCCCCUUUGUGGCUUGUGUUCCCCUUCUUCCCCUGGUGAGUUCCCAUUCACUAGCCCACACAGAUGCAGAGUAUUUGUCUAUUUGCACUAAAAUUACCAUAAUAUCCUUUUUUUAAGUUGGUAAUUUAUUGUUUAAGUCAUUGGUGCUUUAAAUCUUAAUUCUCUAAUUUCUAAAAAUAUUUUCUUUUAAAUACAUAGAUAUAUCCACAGUUUUAUGCGUCCCCAUGUUACUCCAUAAAUUCUAAAAUAAUGAUUUUAAGAAAACUGCCACAAACUAUUUCCAAAAGGGAGGUUAAGACUAAAAGCAUUAGAGUUACAAAAACUAAGAGGUGAAAAAUAUGUAUUCUGAAUAAAGACUUUUCAAUUAAAAAGAUCAAUAUUUAUUCAAGUUUGCUUAGCUGUUAUAAUUUUUAUAAAGAGCAAUUUUGGCUGCAAAGAAUAAAACAAUUGUUUUAAUUGUGAUAAUUCCAUCAGCAGUAUCACCUAAGUUUAUUUUCAAGGUUUAGAGCCAGAGGAGCAAUAUUUUCACUGUGUCUUCAUUUAAAUGUCAAAGUUGCUUUUGUGAUAAAUUUAACUCCUCAGAAAUUAAUAAACAUUUUGAGUCUCAUCAAUGUUAGGGACUUCAAGUUUACUAUUAACAUUUUAAGGUCAUAUUAAACUUUUUGGGGGGUUAGGGCAGGGGUCCAUUCCCAGUGAUGCUCAGGGCUUACUACUGGCAGUGCUCAAGGAGACCAUAUGAGGUUCUGGGAAGCUGUAGGCAAAGCAAGUACCAUAACUUGGUACUCUCUCCAGCCCAUAUUAGAAAUAUUGUUAAGCAAUUUUGAAGAUACAGCUGAAAAUUUCCAAUGUAACCUAAGUCUUGUUAUAAUAAAUAAUUUUUUAUAAUUCACAUGUUAGAAGCUUUGUGUUUUUGCUAUAAAAAUGAAAAAAAAAUGAAUACCAUUCCAAAUGAAUACCAGUGGAAUAGAUGAAUACCAAACAGGAUGAGUAACAUUUCACCAAAAAAAAUAAAAAGCCAAAAAACCCUUCAGACUUGACAGGCUUAGAUUUGAAAACUAAAAGAUACAAAUAUUUAUGGUUCUAAUAUGUUAUCACAUUUAACAUAUUUGACUUGCAUAAAACCAA